GUUGCAUACCGCAGACGGCAUUCUCGAAAAACGCAUUCUAGCGUCGCCUUGAACACAGAAAGAGGGCGCUCUGAAGUGAACAGUGAUACUGGCUGCGAGCGUCUGCAAACUGUGGAGGAAAAGACGAGCUUCGACCGCAGCAUUAGUUUGCAGCGCGUUAUCGCUGUACCGAUCAAAAUGACGCGAGUCUCUAGUCGAUAACGAGUCCAGUGGGAGUGUAUAAGAAGAGACGGUAAAAUCAAUAGGCCAGAUCGUGCGUUCAGGUCUCCGCAGCCUUUCAGGAUGAGAUUCGAAGGUGCCUUCGCAAUUCUGCUGGCGCUGUGUGCCAUCUCUUAUUUCCCGGGAAGUUUACAGAGGAGUGUCAAAGACAUCCCCAAGAAAUACUCUAAAUCGCGCCUGUAUCGUGCUUCAGAGGGAAAUGCAGACAGACCAUUGUUGCAUGAAGAGUUUAACGAUGCACGGUGGCAUGACUGGAGAUUAGAGGUGAUUUCAUCAGUUGGAAACGCCACAUCACUGACAGCCGGGCGCAACGACGACCCACCGUCCUCAGCCGGGCGCAACGACGACGCACCACCGACAGACGGGCCCACCGACGCACCACCGACAGACGGGCCCACCGACGCACCACCGACAGACGGGCCCACCGACGCACCACCGACAGCCGGGCCCACCGACGCACCACCGACAGACGGGCCCACCGACGCACCACCGACAGACGGGCCCACCGACGCACCACCGACAGACGGGCCCACCGACGCACCACCGACAGACGGGCCCACCGACGCACCACCGACAGCCGGGCCCACCGACGCACCACCGACAGCCGGGCCCACCGACGCACCACCGACAGACGGGCCCACCGACGCACCACCGACAGACGGGCCCACCGACGCACCACCGACAGACGGGCCCACCGACGCACCACCGACAGACGGGCCCACCGACGCACCACCGACAGCCGGGCCCACCGACGCACCACCGACAGCCGGGCCCACCGACGCACCACCGACAGACGGGCCCACCGACGCACCACCGACAGACGGGCCCACCGACGCACCACCGACAGCCGGGCCCACCGACGCACCACCGACAGCCGGGCCCACCGACGCACCACCGACAGACGGGCCCACCGACGCACCACCGACAGACGGGCCCACCGACGCACCACCGACAGCCGGGCCCACCGACGCACCACCGACAGCCGGGCCCACCGACGCACCACCGACAGACGGGCCCACCGACGCACCACCGACAGCCGGGCCCACCGACGCACCACCGACAGACGGGCCCACCGACGCACCACCGACAGCCGGGCCCACUGACGCACCACCGACAGACGGGCCCACCGACGCACCACCGACAGACGGGCCCACCGACGCACCACCGACAGCCGGGCCCACCGACGCACCACCGACAGACGGGCCCACCGACGCACCACCGACAGACGGGCCCACCGACGCACCACCGACAGCCGGGCCCACCGACGCACCACCGACAGACGGGCCCACCGACGCACUACCGACAGACGGGCCCACCGACGCACCACCGACAACGGGCCCACCGACGCACCACCGACAGCCGGGCCCACCGACGCACCACCGACAGCCGGGCCCACCGACGCACCACCGACAGACGGGCCCACCGACGCACCACCGACAGACGGGCCCACCGACGCACCACCGACAGCCGGGCCCACCGACGCACCACCGACAGACGGGCCCACCGACGCACCACCGACAGCCGGGCCCACCGACGCACCACCGACAGACGGGCCCACCGACGCACCACCGACAGCCGGGCCCACCGACGCACCACCGACAGACGGGCCCACCGACGCACCACCGACAGCCGGGCCCACCGACGCACCACCGACAGACGGGCCCACCGACGCACCACCGACAGCCGGGCCCACCGACGCACCACCGACAGACGGGCCCACCGACGCACCACCGACAGACGGGCCCACCGACGCACCACCGACAGACGGGCCCACCGACGCACCACCGACAGACGGGCCCACCGACGCACCACCGACAGCCGGGCCCACCGACGCACCACCGACAGCCGGGCCCACCGACGCACCACCGACAGACGGGCCCACCGACGCACCACCGACAGCCGGGCCCACCGACGCACCACCGACAGCCGGGCCCACCGACGCACCACCGACAGCCGGGCCCACCGACGCACCACCGACAGACGGGCCCACCGACGCACCACCGACAGCCGGGCCCACCGACGCACCACCGACAGACGGGCCCACCGACGCACCACCGACAGCCGGGCCCACCGACGCACCACCGACAGACGGGCCCACCGACGCACCACCGACAGCCGGGCCCACCGACGCACCACCGACAGCCGGGCCCACCGACGCACCACCGACAGACGGGCCCACCGACGCACCACCGACAGCCGGGCCCACCGACGCACCACCGACAGCCGGGCCCACCGACGCACCACCGACAGACGGGCCCACCGACGCACCACCGACAGCCGGGCCCACCGACGCACCACCGACAGACGGGCCCACCGACGCACCACCGACAGCCGGGCCCACCGACGCACCACCGACAGACGGGCCCACCGACGCACCACCGACAGCCGGGCCCACCGACGCACCACCGACAGCCGGGCCCACCGACGCACCACCGACAGCCGGGCCCACCGACGCACCACCGACAGACGGGCCCACCGACGCACCACCGACAGCCGGGCCCACCGACGCACCACCGACAGCCGGGCCCACCGACGCACCACCGACAGCCGGGCCCACCGACGCACCACCGACAGACGGGCCCACCGACGCACCACCGACAGCCGGGCCCACCGACGCACCACCGACAGACGGGCCCACCGACGCACCACCGACAGCCGGGCCCACCGACGCACCACCGACAGACGGGCCCACCGACGCACCACCGACAGCCGGGCCCACCGACGCACCACCGACAGCCGGGCCCACCGACGCACCACCGACAGACGGGCCCACCGACGCACCACCGACAGCCGGGCCCACCGACGCACCACCGACAGCCGGGCCCACCGACGCACCACCGACAGACGGGCCCACCGACGCACCACCGACAGCCGGGCCCACCGACGCACCACCGACAGACGGGCCCACCGACGCACCACCGACAGACGGGCCCACCGACGCACCACCGACAGACGGGCCCACCGACGCACCACCGACAGCCGGGCCCACCGACGCACCACCGACAGCCGGGCCCACCGACGCACCACCGACAGACGGGCCCACCGACGCACCACCGACAGCCGGGCCCACCGACGCACCACCGACAGCCGGGCCCACCGACGCACCACCGACAGACGGGCCCACCGACGCACCACCGACAGCCGGGCCCACGAAUGAACCUACGGGUGGGCCCACAGAUGGUCCUACGGGUGGCCCUGCAUCCACACCAACCCCAAACAAUUCUUUGUCGUUUACAGGCAGCUCAUUUGUGA